AUGGGUGACAACCUCUUGCUUUCUUUGGACUCCCCCGAGACCUCGAACAACGAUAACGAGCAGUUUGUCACGGAACAGAAGCGCAUCGAUGAUUCUCUCGACCGCUCGCGCCUGGCUGCAGAGCAAGCCGUAGCGGCUGCGCGUUCUAUACAGUCGAGCGCUGAAGAACUCAGAAACGUUGUUGACGGCGAACUGGUUACAGCACAACGUCGAGAAUCGCAUCUCCGAAGGUCUUUGAGCCGCCAAGAGGCAAAGUUGGCAACCAAAUCCAGUGAAUAUCACGCCCUUGCAUCUCAGGCGCUAGCAACCUCUUCUCGUCUUGAGCAGCGCAUUGCAGAAUCGGAGGAGGCCAGGGCAACAUUAGCCAUGGAAUUGUCAAAUGCCUUGGACAGAAUUGCGGAACUAGAGAGUAUCCUGGAGGGUAGAGCGAGCCACAGAGCGUCGUUGGGGUCUUCUAAAUUGCACCACUGUGCACAGUGUGAUCAGUACCGCGAAGAACUAGAAAAUGCGCACAAGAAGAUCCAUGCUUAUGAGACUACCAUAGAGCAGAGAACGACGGCGGCGCAAUUUUCUGUAGAGGAGCUCGCAAACUCCCUUGCUAACCAGAAGCGCCUUGAAGCCGAAAAGAAAGCGAUGAAGAGAAUCCAUGAGGAAGAGAUACAGCGUCUCCAAAAUGAGAUAGAGGAGAAAGACGCCCUCUUGGCUCAGUUCAAUGAGCAGCUCAUUGCAGCAAAUGAUGAGGUUCUUGAGAUACAUGAGUCACAGGUUAAGGAGUCUAAGCUACGUGCCUGCGGGAUGUCGGGUGUGUCUGACACUUCUGCUGUAAGGGCAGAUGAAGAAAACGAAGUCUUGAAGAGCAGAAUCUAUGAGCUAGAGGAGGAGACCCAGAUACUUCGCAACGCCAUGGAGACCGAUCACCAGGCCCAAAUGGAGAAGGCGGAUGACAUCAACAUCCUGCGUGAUGAGCUAGAUCUACUCCAGAGAAAGCAUGAACGCGCAGAGAUGAUUAUCACCCAGCUCAAGCGACUCCUUAUGGGCAUCUCUGAUGUUUGUUUAACUGGCACAGAGCGCGUCAACACCGCCUGGGACAACCCAGAAGCCGACCAAAUAGAUAAUGCGCUGGAUAUGACUGUGGGCAGCAAGCGCAUUGGCUUCUACUGA